CUCUUCCUUCCAAUCGACAUGGCACCGCGUCGAAAGCCAAACGUCAGAAAGGUUGGGCCGCAACCUUCAGUGCGACAAAGUCAAGAGAAGCGGCCACAAGGAAUCAAGAAAUACCAAGUGCAGAAAGUGGUUCGCAAAAGCGCGCGUCUGGAACAAUUACAAGUGCGAGCUGUAUCCAAGGACAGGAGCACUGAACAAAGACAGCCAUCCCCCUCUUUAGCAAGCAACCUUCCAAUUAAGUCCCCCCAAAAGGUACAAACCAUUCCGCAAGACGGAAACCAAAAACGGAAACGGCCACAAGAAGCCAAAGAUCGACUUCAAAAUCCAGGAAAUCUCUUCCAAAAGCGGCCGCGAACAUCCCGUUUAAGCUCCACUGUUAAGAACAUACCUAGCCAGGAGGCGACGAGCAACGUCAGCGGGAUCGAGAUUAGUCCUAUCCGUUAUUGGAUUCAGACAGGACAUUGGCCCAGGAAAGAUUCCAAGCAAGGCAGCAGUAUGAAUUCUCUGCUUGCUAGAAAGAAAUCUACCUCUUCUCUCCGCCGCAAAGGAUCAGAAUCGAGUGCGGCGACGCCAAGUGAUGAGAAGCCAAGAGAGGAAAAGAGUGCGCCGUAUAAACAUCGCCGCUACGAGAUAUUGCUAAGAACAAAGGGAAGUUUUAUGCGUGACUCUGAUACAGGCAUCACGGAUGAGAGCAUACUGCUAUACCAGUCCCUACUUGACACUGAGCAACUUGUCCCCACUGAUUCGAGAUUCCAGGAUGAUCUAUUCACAAAAACUUGCGAGAUGGUACGUCUUAGGAACGAAGCCAAGGUCAUUAUGGAUAUUGGACAGUUAAUUGUUCCUUCCGCGGAGACUCUGGCUCUUUAUGGGGCUACCAACCUCGACAUCUUGAUUGAGGGUUUCAAUGAGGCCUGGAGCAAAUGCAUUCCAUUUUACGGUCCCUGUCCGCAGCCCGAUUAUUGCGUGGGAUUCAGGCAGUCUGCAUUCACACAUGGCCAACUUGAAAAGCUCCAGCCUUUUAUAGGCAGUUGGACUCAUACUUCCUUACUUAUGGCCACGGACACCAUGUAUUUUCCGUUUCUGGCAUGCGAGGUAAAAUGUGGUGAGGUUGCGCUUGAGGUAGCGGACCGGCAAAACGCCCACAGCAUGACCGUAGCGGUGAGAGGUGUUAUUGAGCUUUAUAGGGCUGUGAAGCGUGAACAGGAGCUUCACCGGGAAAUCCUUGCUUUCUCAAUCUCGCAUGAUCAUACUACAGUGAGGAUCUACGGCCACUAUGCCCUAGUCAAAGAAAAGCAGACUACCUUCUACCGCCGCCCGAUUCGCAAGUUUGAUUUCACAGAACAAGAUGGCAAGGAGAGAUGGACGGCAUACAAAUUCACCAGGAACAUCUACGAUAUAUGGAUACCAACCCAUUUGAAAAGAAUACACUCAGCAAUUGAUCAGAUAUCCUCUGAACUGGAUCUUGAUGUCUCCCAGACCGAACUUCAGUUCUCUCAGCGGUCAAAUGCUGAAUCCUUUGAGGAUGAAGACCGCCAAUCAAGCUUCAUCGGUUCAGCAGAUAUCGCCCCAUCUACCUCCUUCACUCAGGUGCCUGAGCAGCCACCCAAGCAAUUCAAAAAGCCAAGGAAGAAGUAGUCAUGCUCAGAUACAUACGGAGAAAGGGCUUCUGUUAAACAGAUUUGAUAAACCUGUCUCGAAUAAAACUAUGAAAUCGUUGUGUCGAAUUGGUGAUUCCCCAAAUAGCAGAUGUUCCGGGCCACCUAGAUAGUAAUCCCUGUUUCUCCUGUCCAACUCAAAAGUGGCGCAAACGGGAUAGAAAGAUAUCUGCGUGUUUGGGAGCUGGAGGGCUCCAGGGUGGGGGGAUGUUGAGUCCGCCAUAUGUCGCGUUCAUCUUCCCUUCAUUGUCUCCACUCCAGGCCCACCCCUCAAAUGAACCCCAGCAUUUGCCAUUUCACAUCGAAACCCUUACAGGAUAGCGGGGUACGACUGAGUGGUAUUCCAGACACCAUACAGCCCCGGCGCUAAUUUCGGCCAAUCACAUGUGCCUAACGGGGCAAUAUUGAUAUUGAGGGAGAUUUUUGACAGGAUGUUCAGUGAUGGUGAGCUGAGGGAGAAACUCAGAUCACACCUCCGGCAUUUUGAGAAUCUGGCUGUCAGACAGGGAGUUGAGCAGGAUGGCUGGGUCUCUAAAGAUCGCUGGGAGAAUGUGAAGGAAGCUCUCCAUCUUUCUCAGCAUGUCUUGCAGAUUUUCCCCAUCUCUUCCCUCAUUUAUUCUCAGAUCUUGCAAGAUUUUCAUCCGUUACAGCUACUUUUAUUCCUCAUCUUCCCACGUGACUUUUGGUUCUGCCUGGCUUGUCAACUUCUUAUCUCAGCAAGCUCAGACACUUCUCCAGAUAUUCAUUACUGUUUUAACACUGAAUUGAUGAUUAUAUCAUGAGCUAACCUCAAAUAAGCAAUAAGCUAACUCAAAUAGUAAAAUCAGAUCAUAAAUAAUUUACUCAGUACUCUGAGUAUAAAAGAGAAUUUCAACUUAACUUCAUAAAUUCAUCAUUUCUGUAUUAUCUUGAAAUCUUAGAAUAAUAAUAUUCUGAUGUUGUAUCUGAUUUUUAUAUUCAUAUCUCAAGUUCUUAGAAUAGAAGUAUUAUCUCAAAGUUAACUAGUAUAUUUUUAAACACAGAAAUUUUAAUUCAAUUUCUC